GUAUUCGAAAUUGCAUCGCGGCGUGUUGCUGAACGUGAGCAAAAAUUGAUAGCUUUGGAGAAAGCGAUAAAUCCGUUACUUGACGAUAACGAUAUCAUUGGGUUUUCGUUCAUUUUGAAUGAAAUUGUCCAGGAAUGUAAGAAUAUCCCGAAAAGCGUUGCAUUUCAUUUCAAGGUGGAUCCCAAAAAGCUUCCCCAGUACUACCAAAAAAUUACAACUCCCAUGGAUUUGGGCACCAUGCAGCAGAAUAUCAAGGAGCAUCAUUAUACCACUGUUCAGGCAUUUAGAAAUGAUAUCGAACAGAUACGGAUAAAUAGUGAAUUAUACAAUGGGCCAGCUGAAACAUCGCAAUACACCGCAAAAGCGGCGGAAAUCUCUGCAUUAGCAGAACAAAUGCUUGAAGUAUGUUAUGAGCCGCAUCCUAAUUUUAAUUAUUAUUACUUUGGCACUUAG